GCCCUUCUCAAAAAUGGCCACCGCAGCGCUUCUGAGGGAGAACCGCUCUGGGCCCCGCCUUUGAUCUUGUUGGUGGAGCUGGGGAUGAGAACUGUACCGCGCGGGACAAGUCGCCGGCGGCGCCCGACGGAGCAGAAGAGAAGAGAACAUGGAGUUGGAAAGGAUUGUCAGUGCAGCCCUCCUUGCCUUUGUCCAGAAGCACCUCCCAGAGGCUGAUUUCAGUGGCCUGGAUGAGGUCAUCUUCUCCUAUGUACUUGGAGUCCUGGAAGACUUGGGCCCCUCAGGCCCAUCAGAGGAGAACUUCGAUAUGGAAGCCUUUACUGAGAUGAUGGAAGCCUAUGUGCCUGGCUUUGCCCACAUCCCCAGGAGCACAAUAGGGGACAUGAUGCAGAAGCUCUCAGUGCAGUUGAGUGAUGCUAGGAACAAAGAGAACCUGCGUCCACAGAGCUCCUGUGACCAAGGUCAGGUGUCCAUCUCUCCAGAGUGCCUACAGAGGUCUGAAAAGCUCCAAGAAGAGACCAGGUCUCCCGGUGCUACAGAGGACAUCCAAGACAAGGCAGCUGGCACUGAGGGAGAGCUGCUGCCAGGGGUGGAUGUACUCCUGGAGGUGUUUCCUACAUGUUCCAUGGAGCAAGCACAGUGGGUGCUGGCCAAAGCGCGGGGGGACUUGGAAGAAGCGGUGCAGAUGCUGGUAGAGGGCAAGGAAGAGGGGCCUCCGGGCUGGGAAGGCCCCAGUCAGGACUUGCCAAGGCGCCUAAGAGGCCCCCAAAAGGAUGAGUUGAAGUCUUUCAUCCUUCAGAAGUACAUGAUGGUGGACAGUGCAGAGGAUCAGAAGAUUCACCGACCCAUGGCACCGAAGGAGGCUCCGAAGAAGCUGAUCCGGUACAUUGACAACCAGAUUGUGAGCACCAAAGGGGAGCGAUUCAAAGAUGUGCGGAACCCUGAGGCCGAGGAGAUGAAAGCCACAUACAUCAACCUCAAGCCGGCCAGAAAAUACCGCUUCCACUGAAGCUCUGGCUGGACUACCACGCCUUCCAGAUCCCGAGGGAUGCAGGAGCCCUCUUCUCUCCCCUUCCCCCAGAGGCCGUCAUUAAGCCUGCCCCCUUAUAUACUUCUUUGCUCUGUAGUGUUACCCUGUUCUUGGAGCUGCCUCUAUGGGCACAGUAAAGGUUGUUCAAGGAA